AUGGAGGACACUGAAGAAUUCAACAGUAAUAACAACAGGCCACGACCACCUGUGCAGGGCCAAAGAACUAUGAGAGAGCUUCUAAAUCCUCCUAGGUUGAGCACACCAUCAUGUUUUAUGCUACCUCAAAAUCAUGAUCAUGUUACCAUUCGGCCUCAAGUGGUGUCUCAACUACCCAUUUUUAGGGGGACAGAAAAUGAAAAUCCAUACUCUCACAUCAAGGAAUUUGAGGACAUCGUUUCAAUUUUCCGAGAAGCCAACACUCCUUUGGAGAUCUUUCGCAUGAAGUUAUUCCCCUUGUCAUUGAAGGAUAAAGCUAAGACUUGGUUAAAUAGUCUUAGACCCUAUAGUAUCAGAAAUUGGGGUGAUCUACAAUCAGUGUUUUUGCAGAAAUUCUUUCCAACACAUAGAACCAGUGCAUUGAAAAAGGAGAUCUCGAAUUUCAAGGCUGUGGAGGAUGAGAAAUUUUUUGCAUGUUGGGAAAGAUUCAGGGAGAUUGUUGCAGCAUGCCCCCAUCACGGAUUUGACAAUUGGAUGCUAGUUUCGUAUUUCUAUGAAGGCAUGGCACCACCAAUGAAACAACUUCUCGAGACUAUGUGUGGAGGAGAUUUCAUGAAUAAAAACCCCGAUGAAGCAUUUCAAUUCCUUGAUUAUGUUGCUGAGGUAUCUAGAAGUUGGGAUGAACCAAUCGUCAAGGAACCAUCUAGAGAUAGAACAAUGAACAGAGCAAGAGCUAGUGGAGUGUAUACCUUACCAGAGGGUUUAGAUGUCCAAGCAAAGUUAGCAACCGUUAUGAGAAGGUUGGAUGAUUUGGAAUCCAAGGGAGUUCAAGAGGUACAAAUAGUCAAUGAGGGGGUAACUAAACUGUGCUUGAUAUGUAAGUCUACGGAACAUGGUGUGCAAUCUUGUCCCACUCUACCUGCAGUGCAAGAUAUGUUUACGGAGCAAGCCAAUGCCUUAGGGACAUACAGGCAAUAUUCUAGCAACUCUCCAUAUUCCAACACUUAUAAUCCGGGUUGGAGGAAUCAUCCAAAUCUAUCAUGGAGGGGAGGUAACAAUGGCCAGUUUCAACAGCAAGGAAACCGAUUUCAGGGUAAUCAGACUAAUGGGCAGCAAGGCUUUCAACCACAAGGUAUGCCAUCUCAGAAUUUUCAACAGCAACAUCAAACCUCAUCAUCUAACUCAAGCCUGGAAGACAUGAUGAGAGAGUUUAUACAGAAGCAAGACAAGCGUAAUGAAGAUCAAAGUAGGAUAAAUGCUCAAACAUCUCAAGAACUAGUGGAUAUUCGAACCACUUUGAGCCAACUUGCUGUAAGUUUAUCUCAAGAGAAAGGAAAAUUCCCAGCUCAACCACAGAAAAAUCCGAGAGGAGUAAAUGAAGUUUCUGAAGUGCAAAAGGAAGAUUGCAAUGCAGUUAUCACACUCAGAAAUGGGAAAGAAUAUGAAGGGCCCAAGUUACCUAUAAGUGAAGAUAUUCCUGCUAGAGAUGAACCAACUGUGGAGAAAAAUGUUAGAAAUGAGAAAGCGUCUGAAAAUGAGGAAGUCAUUGUGAGCAAAAAUAAAAUGAGUGUUUCCAAUCAUUUGCCUUUCCUUUCAGCUAUGCAGAGACACAAAGUGAGGGAUAAGACUUUAGAGAUUUUGGAAGUUUUGAAGCAAGUGAAGAUCAACAUUCCACUCCUUGAUAUGAUCAAGCAAGUUCCUGCUUAUGCAAAGUUCCUCAAAGACUUAUGCACUGUGAAGAGAAGGAUUAAAUUAAGCAAGAAAGCAUUCCUCACCGAGCAAGUCAGUGCCAUCAUUGAGAAUAAGGCAAUGGUAAAGUACAAAGAUCCAGGUUGUCCUACCAUCUCAGUCCAGAUUGGAGAUUCAUUCGUGGAAAAGGCUUUGUUAGAUUUGGGAGUUAGUGUGAAUUUGCUUCCAUAUUCAAUCUAUAAGCAAUUGGGAUUGGGAGAGCUUAAGGCUACUACCAUUACACUCUCUUUAGCAGACCGUUCGAUUAAAGUACCCAGAGGAGUAGUCGAAGAUGUUUUGGUGCAAGUUGAAAAGUUCUACUACCCAGUGGACUUUGUGGUGUUAGAUACAGAACCAUUGAAAAAGGGUAUGAAUUCUGUUCCAAUUAUUCUUGGGAGACCUUUCCUUGCUACAACCAAUGCUCUCAUUAACUGUCGAAAUGGAUUGAUGCAAUUAUCUUUUGGGAACAUGACAGUGGAAAUGAAUGUCUUCAAUUUAUGCAAGCAACCAAUGGACCAUGAUGAUGUGGAAAAUGAGGAAGCAUGCCUUAUAGAGGCCUUGGUGCAAGAACACACAGAAAAGUUAAUGGAAGAAAAUAUAGAUGAAUUUUUCUCUACAAUCGUUAAGGAAGAAUGUGUUCAAGUUGCUACAGAAUGGAAAGAAAAAUAUAUGAUUCAAUCUUUGAACAGUGUUGAGAAUGAUGAAGAAAGCAAAAAGGAAGAGGUGGAGAUCAUCAAACCAGAGUUAAAGCCCCUACCACAUGGUUUAAAGUAUGUUUAUUUAGAGGCAAAUGAAGAAAAACCUGUGGUAAUUUCAGCUACAUUAACUGAAGAGCAAGAAAUUAGACUUUUGAAGGUGCUUAAAGAGAAUAAAGGAGCGAUUGGUUGGUCCAUUUCAGAUUUGAAAGGGAUAAAUCCCUUGAUUUGCACGCAUCAUAUUUAUUUGGAAGAGAAUGCAAAACCAGUAAGGCAACCACAAAGAAGGCUAAAUCCCCUUAUGCAAGAUGUAGUCAGAAAUGAGGUAUUGAAGCUUUUAGAUGCAGGUAUUAUUUAUCCUAUCUCUGACAGUAGUUGGGUGAGCCCCACUCAAGUAGUACCUAAGAAAAGCGGGAUAACUGUGAUGAAGAAUGAUGAAGGAGAACUCAUUCCUACAAGGUUGACUACAGGUUGGCGAGUAGAUCCAGCAAAAAUUGAGCUCAUCUCAAAGCUACCUUCGCCUACUACUGUUAAAGAGGUGAGACAAUUUUUGGGACAUGCAGGUUUUUAUAGAAGGUUCAUACAAGACUUCUCAAAAAUCGCUCAACCUCUUUGUGCUUUACUACUUAAGGAUGCAGAAUUCGUAUGGACUAAAGCAUGCCAAGAAGCUUUCAAGAGGCUAAAGUCACUCCUCACUACUGCACCAAUUGUGAGAUCUCCAAAUUGGUCUCUCCCAUUUGAGUUGAUGUGUGAUGCUAGUGACUAUGCAGUGGGAGCCGUACUAGGUCAAAGGGAGGAUGGAAAACCAUAUGUGGUGUACUAUGCUAGUAAAACCCUCAAUGAUGCUCAGAAGAACUACACAACUACUGAAAAGGAGCUUCUUGCAGUGGUGUUCGCACUUGAUAAAUUAAGGAACUACCUUUUGGGAACUUCAAUAGUGAUUUUUACUGAUCAUUCGGCCUUGAAAUAUCUACUCAACAAAAAGGAUGCCAAAGCAAGACUUAUCAGAUGGAUCCUUCUCCUUCAAGAAUUUAACAUUCAAAUCAAGGAUAAGCAAGGGGUAGAGAAUGUGGUUGCUGAUCAUCUUUCCCGAGUUAAAGUAGAGUCACAUUUUGAGGAAGCACAAAUUAAUGAUGAGUUUCCUGAUGAUGCACUUUGUGCAGUGGAGAAGUUGCCUUGGUUCGCAAAUAUAGUCAAUUACUUGGCAACUGGAGAACUUCCAUCAGAAUGGAACAUGGAAACAAAGAAGUAUUUUCUUUCGCGGGCAAAACACUAUGCUUGGGAUUAUCCAUAUUUGUAUAAGUUUUGCCCGGAUCAAAUUAUGCGGAGAUGUGUUCCAGAGGAUGAACAACAAGACAUAUUGCGAAUGUGCCAUGAAGGAGCUUGUGGAGGUCAUUUUGCUUCAAGGAAGACUUCAGCAAAAAUUCUACAGAGUGGAUUCUAUUGGCCAACUAUGUUCAAGGAUUGUAACACUCAUUGCAAAAGUUGUCCACAAUGUCAACAACUGGGGAAAAUCAACACAAGGUAUCAAAUGCCUCAAAAUCAUAUUUGUGUUGUUGAGGUCUUUGAUUGUUGGGGCCUGGACUUUAUGGGACCAUUCCCUCCUUCUUUUGGCAAUCUCUAUAUUUUGGUGGGAGUGGAUUAUGUCUCUAAAUGGGUAGAAGCAGUGGCAUGCAAGAGCAAUGAUCACAAAGUGGUGCUCAAAUUUUUAAAGGAGAAUAUUUUCUCUAGGUUUGGCAUUCCGAGAGCAAUCAUUAGUGAUGGAGGUUCACACUUUUGUAAUAAGCCCUUUUCCACUCUUUUGCAGAAAUAUGGAGUGAGGCAUAAAGUGUCCACCCCAUAUCACCCUCAAACGAAUGGGCAAGCUGAGCUAGCAAAUCGGGAAAUUAAGAGAAUCCUCACCAAAGUAGUCAAUACUACAAGAAAAGAUUGGUCUACCAAGUUGAGUGAUGCACUUUGGGCAUAUAGGACAGCCUAUAAGACUGUCCUUGGCAUGUCACCGUACCGAAUUGUUUAUGGUAAAGCAUGUCAUUUGCCUGUAGAACUCGAACAUCGUGCAUAUUGGGCUGUAAAGAAGAUGAACUUUGAUUCGGAUUAAGCUGGCGCUAAAAGGAAAUAUAAUUUGAAUGAACUUGAGGCAUAUCGAAAUGAGAGUUAUGAAUGCCUACGAAAUGCAAGGGAAAAACACAAAUUCUACCAUGACAAGCUUAUUUUACGAAGGGAGUUCAAGCAAGGUGAAAAGGUGUUGUUGUACGACUCCAAGCUUCACAUUUUUCCAGGAAAGCUUAGGUCAAGGUGGAAUGGCCCUUAUGUGGUAAAGGAAGUCUUCCCUUAUGGCACCGUGACCAUUCAAAAUCCGAGGACAGGUAAUGAAUUCAAAGUUAAUGGUCAGCGCCUAAAGCAUUUCAUUGAAAGAUUUGAGACACAAGAGGAGAAUCUCCAUUUUCUUGAUGGGGAUGUUCAAAAGGGUUGA